AUGCACCGCACAUACUCGAUGCGCCAGUCGCGCGCCCCGACGGCGUCGCAGAUCCAGAACCCGCCGCCGCCGUCGUCGUCGACCAAGGGCACCCGUCUGUUCGGCAAGUCCAACAUUGGCCACACCUUCCGCAAGUCCGUCCACCCUGGCGCCUUUGGCCCAGAUCUCGCGAAGAAGCUGUCGUCGCUCGUGAAAAUGGAGAAGAACGUCAUGCGCUCCAUGGAGCUUGUCGGCAGGGAGAGGAUGGAGGUCGCGCAACAACUCUCCAUCUGGGGCGAGGCCUGCGACGACGACGUCUCCGACGUGACCGACAAGCUCGGUGUACUCAUCUACGAGAUUGGUGAGCUCGAGGACCAGUUCGUCGACCGCUACGACCAGUACCGCGUGACCAUCAAAAGCAUCCGCAACAUUGAGGCUUCCGUGCAACCCAGCCGAGACCGCAAGCAAAAGAUCACCGACCAAAUCGCGCAGCUCAAGUACAAGGAGCCCAACAGCCCCAAGAUCGUCGUUCUCGAGCAAGAGCUGGUCCGCGCCGAAGCCGAGUCUCUCGUCGCCGAAGCCCAGCUCUCCAACAUCACGCGCGAGAAGCUCAAGGCCGCCUUCACCUACCAGUUUGACGCCCUGCGCGAGCACAGCGAGAAGAUGGCCAUCAUCGCCGGCUUCGGCAAGCACCUGCUCGAGCUCGUCGACGACACCCCCGUCACCCCCGGCGAGACGCGCAAUGCGUACGACGGGUACGAGGCGAGCAAGGCGAUCAUCCAGGACUGCGAGGAUUCGCUCACGAAUUGGGUCGAGCAGAAUGCCGCCGUCAAGUCGAAGCUGUCUACUAGGAGCAGGACUUUGAGCCAGAGGCGGGCGAACAGGAACGAGGGCGUGGAUCUCAGCGGCCAGGACAACAACAUGGACCGUGAGUCGUGGUUGCCGGCUAGCCAGCACCAGGAGUACGAGGAUGAUGAUGAGGUCGAGCACUCUGAGCGGGGACGUGAGGAGGAGCGGGUGGCUGCGUAA